UUUCCGCGCAUCAUGAGUGAUUCAAAUUUAAACUUGACUGAUAAGUUUUGUGUUCGGUGUUCUAAAAAAGUUGUGGAUGCUCUAGAAGUGUGUAAGAUUUGUAAUGCACCUUAUCAUUCGUCCUGUGCAUCCAGAACUUCUUUAUUGGAGAGUGGUGCAUUCUCGCGAUGUUGUGGUCCGCCACGUGCUAAAUCUCCUGUCACGGUCACGCUAGAUGUUCCCCCCACGACCUCUCAAGCAAAUGCAGUUGUAACUGUUUCUGAUAUUGAAAGAAUAAUUAACAACGCUAUGACCGGUUUAAAUAAGAGACUCGAUAUUAUGUCUGAAUCUAUUUCGGACAUAAAAAGUGAUAUUGGAAACCUAACCUUAAAUGUGCAUGAUAUAGUCGAUGACCUUGGUAUUUUGCGCAAUACAGUUGGUGACACUGUUCAGAGAGUCGACGAUUUAACUGAGAGAAUUACAAAUAUAGAAGGAUCACCAGAGACCGAGACCUUUGAAAAUUGUGCUGUCAAAUUACACUGUAGCAAAGUCACUACAUCGGAAGUUCAUGUCAGCAAAGAAGGCUGAACGAGACAAUUUAAUGAAAGGGAUGUCAUUACAUCCAGACAAAACAAAAUACCAGCUAGAAGAGGUAACAUCACUGAAAAAACAACUGGAUUUACGCAUUUCUCAGGGAGAGAAAAAUCUCUGCCUGACAUUUCGACAUGGAACACCGGCGAUAACCAAACGCACACUGCCAGUGGUAGCAGACUUAUCGACUACAUCCACAUCGCACGUUGUGAAUUAGCUGCUGACGUCAGACUCGCAGAUUUCGGUAGUGUUAGUUGUGACACUCAUACACAGCCUUCUUUUCAUCCGCCUAUCCCCUCUACUGUUAUACAAACUCCCUGUUAUAAUGAUUCUGUUACUCAUAGCAGACGUUCUAUGAGAAACAAUAUCAGUAUAUAUUAUCAGAAUGUGAGAGGGCUUAGAACAAAAUUAGAUGUUUUACGCCAUAAUCAUAAUGUAAUGAGUAUUGUAAUGAGCUAGAUUUUUUCGGUAUAUCAUUAGAUAGAUUUAUCCGUGAUUUGCGUAAAUUAAUUUUUGAGUAAAUGUGUGACUGCCAAGGCGAUUUGUUUUUCUGCUUCUAAUUUGAUAAUGUAAAUUUAUUAACUAGUGCUUUUGCACAAAAGGGCAUUUUUCUUUUUUUUGUAAGCCCGUACAUGGUAAUUAAAUAAAUAAAUAAAUAUUUUCUAAAA